AUGAUGAAAUUCAUCAUUUUUACUGUCGUCUGCUUCCAAUUAUUUCUCGGCAAAAGUUUCGGCUUUGAUGCUGACAGCUAUGCUCGUUUUAUUGACGAGCUGGGUGUAGAUGAAAAAUUUCUUGAAGAGUAUGCUAAAUGGUCACUUGAACUUUUUUCUCAACCUGACUAUCUAUACGGGAAACCACGCGGCAAUUUUCCAUGUGAAAUUACAAAAGAUACUAAUGUUCCAACAUCAGUUAAUGUUGUUGGGCA